AUACUUUGAAAUUCAAUAGAGUCCCUCCCUUCUUUGGAUUUUCACUCACCACCACCGAAAGGUGUCUUCUAUUUUUUAGCAAUGCAAGAAGCCAGUCGUCUUUCCCAGUUUUCUAUUAAGCAAAAGAGGUUUCAAGUUUCAGCUCCUCCUAGAAUUCCAGCCUGCUGACUCCCUUUAGAACCAUCCAAAAUGGAGCCUCUCUCCGUUCAUCCAUUAAAAUGUUCCGGGCCCAAAGCAAAGGUAUUUGCAGUUUUGCUGUCUAUGGUUCUGUGCACUAUGAUGCUAUUUCUUCUACAACUGAAAUUCCUCAGACCUAAAAUCAACAGCUUUUAUGCCUUUGAAGUGAAGGAUGCCAAAGGAAGAGUCGUUUCUCUGGAAAAGUUUAAAGGCAAAGUUACACUAGUUGUAAACGUGGCUAGUGACUGCCAGCUCACCGAGAAAAACUACUUAGCGAUGAAGGAACUCCACAAGCAGUUUGGACCAUUCCAUUUCAGCGUCUUGGCUUUUCCCUGCAAUCAGUUUGGCGAAUCGGAGCCCCGUUCGAGCCAGGAAGUAGAAUCUUUUGUAAGGCAAAACUACGGAGUAACAUUCCCCAUCUUCCACAAGAUUAAGAUUCUAGGAUCUGAAGCAGAACCUGCCUUUAAAUUUCUUAUUGAUUCUUCAAAGAGGGAACCGAGGUGGAAUUUUUGGAAGUACCUGGUCAAUCCCGAGGGUCAAGUGGUGAAGUACUGGAGGCCAGAGGAGCCAGUUGAGGCCAUCAAGCCUGACAUCGUAGAACUCAUCAGACAAAUCAUCGUCAAAAAGAAAGAGGAUCUCUGAAUAUGCCACUGAGCCACAUUAAUGCAAUAUAACAGAGAAACACUGCCAGAGAAUCUGGUGUCACUUUAAAUAUUUUGACAAACUAGGCACUGAAGAUUUUUUUUUUUUUUAAUGUUUUCUUGCUAGCUGGUGAUAGCGCAUGUCCCCAGGACAUGUUACCCAAAGCAAAAUAAGAGUAGCAAAAAAUCAAAAUGAAAUAUAUUCAAUACUUCAUCUGACAACAUUGAGAAAUUCAAAAUAUACAGGUGUCAAUGUGUUUCAAUAUCCUAUUGUUCAACUUGACAUUUUCUAGGGUUGCAUUUUAUGGAAAUGCCUAUAUGGUAUACCACUGGAUUCAAGAACAGUCUAUGUGACUAAAAUUUUUAGAGUAACUGUAAUGACUAUGUUGAUAUAAAUAAAACUCAAAAUAAACGAUAAAAGAUGUAAAAUA